CACUUGCAGCGUCGCCAAGCAUCGGAUCAGGCACGGAAAAGGUAGCUAGCUGAUAGCUUCCUGUCUUGGUCAAUAGGAAUAUCGAAGCUAUCUACUGGACUGCCACGUGCAAGUUUGACUGCUUCAUACUGCACUGUACGAAAACCGGUUUCAAUUGCGCUCUCCUCGCUAGACAAAUGUCCGCCCCUCGCUCCCUUGGGGCCAUUGGCUCUGCAGCCCUCCGACCGCGCCCGCAACCACAGCUCCGAUGCCUUCGGUCCGCCGCCCCAGCAGCCAUCACCACGGGGCCGACAAGCUCCCCGGUAAGGCGAGCCUUCACAACCCCCACCAGCAGCAAAAACCAGCCACCACAGACCCAGUUUCAAGCACGACGACCGCGAGCAGCGCCCGCAACAACGCCGUCGCCAUCUUCCCAAUCCCGCCGCUCCUACCACUCCGCCGACCACCCGUCCGAGGACGCCCUCCCCUUCGGCAAGACCGAGACCGCCAUCCUGACCGCGGCCUACGCCCACGUCCCCGAGCACGGCUUCACGGACCGUGCCCUCGCCCUCGGCGCCCGUGACGCCGGCCUGCCCGACAUCUCCACCACCAUCCUGCCGGGCGGCGCGUUCGCCCUCGUCCGCUGGCACCUCGUCACCCGUCGCCGCGAGCUCGAGGCCCGCGCCAGGGAGUUCUUCCCCGCCGCCGCCACCAACGCGUCCAAGCCGUUGACGCAGGCGCAGGUGAACGCCCGCGCCGAGCAGCUCACCUGGGCGCGGCUACAUGCCAACCGCGCCGUCAUCGGCCGGUGGCAGGAGGCCCUCGCCAUAAUGGCCCAACCGAGCUGCGCCCCCGAGGCCCUCAAGGAGCUCGCCCAGCUCGCCGACGACAUUUGGUUCCUGGCCGGCGACGCCGCCGUCGACCCUUCGUGGUAUACCAAGCGUGCCGCCCUGUCGGCCACGUACGCCGCGACGGAGCUCUUCAUGACCAACGACCGCUCCCCCGACUUUGGCGAGACCCGCGAGUUUCUGGCCCGUCGCUUCGCCGACGCCGCCGAGGUCAGCGGUGCCAUCGGGUCCGUGGGUCAGUGGAUCGGCUUCACUGCCAGCGCGGGCGUCAACGUCUUGAGGAGCAAGGGCGUCAGGAUAUAAUUUUUGGUCAGCGCUAGUGCGACCAGUGUAAUCAGUCAGUUAUUGUGCGUAUGUGUUGUUUGUGUAUAAUACAGGGUGUAGAAUAUAUGUACAACAAAAGAAAGUAUACAAGUUUUCUGGAGUAAUGUACAUCCAGCG